AUGAGCGACUCAUCCCCCAAGAUCGACAAACAGGAUGUUGCCAGUAUCGGCCUCUAUCCAGUAAAUGGAACAACGGAGUUACCCGUCGAGGGGGUCGACAUCGCGCUCAACGGGCAGAGAUUGCCCAAGAGGACAUUGACGCAAGCACAAAUCGCUUUGAUGGCGCUUGCGCCUACCGUUGGUACUGGUUACUUUGUUAAUACACUCGUCAAAGCUGGUCCGUUGCCACUGUUUCUGGGCUAUUGUUUCUGGUGUUUCAUAGCCUGGUGCAUCAACGAAUGCGCGGCCGAAAUGGUAGUACGGACCCCGAUAUCAAGUUCUUUCUCGCGUUUCUGCAGCAGAUGGGUUGACGAAGCUUAUGGCGUGGCCAUCGCUUGGAAUGUCUGGCUGGGCAUCAUAUCUUUCUUUGUUUUCGAGCUCACCGCCUUCUGCGCUGUCGUCAACUAUUGGAAAGAGGUCAAUCCAGCGAUCUUGAUUUCUGCACUUCUCGUGACAUUCGGUAUCUUGCAGUUGUGGGAUAAUCGCUAUUUCGGUCGCGUAGAGUUUGUCGCAGUGACUUUCAAGGGAGCUGGUCCGCAAUUGGCUGCGUUCGUUGACGUCUUGCUCAAUGCUUCGUUUGCCGUCGCCGGUCCCGAUGCUAUCUCCAACGUCGCUGGUGACGCGAGACGCCCUAGGAAGUCGCUCCCUCUAGCCUUCAAGUCGAUUGGAACGCUUGCCCUUGGCUGUUUAACUCCUUACAACGAUGCGAGUCUGGUCGCCGCAAUCAAAACUGGUGCCCCAGGUGCCGCCCGUUCGGCAUGGGUAGCAGGAAUCACACGGCUCGGUAUUCGUGAGUCAUCCAUUGACGCCAUUCUUGCUGACCAAGUAGCUGUGCUCCCCUCGAUCGUGAACGCCGGUCUGCUCCUAACCAUCUUCUCUGCCGCAAACUUCCUCCUCUUCAGUUCGUCACGAGUGCUACACGGUCUUGCCCUUGACGGUUACACAUUCUCUAUCCUCAAGCGAACUAACCGCAACGGUGUCCCGGUGUAUUGCGUGGCGAUCAACCUGCUCGUCGGCUGCUUGGCCUACCUCCAGUGCUCUAGCGGCACCGUCGUUGUCCUGGACUGGUUCACUUCGUUGGCUAAUGCCGGUCAGAUCAUCAUCUGGAUCGCCAUGCUGACUGCAUACCUCUCCUUCUACCGAGCUUGCAAAGCUCAAGGAAUCGACCGAAAUUCUUUCGUGAUACAGCUACAGGCGCUUAUUGACAAUCAGUUGAACGGCUACGCCGUGUUCCUCAAAGGUGAAUGGUCUACUCCCGACUUCAUCUACGCCUACUUUGCGAUCUGGUGGGGUCUGGCUUGGUACAUCGGUUGGAAGCUGUGGAAGCGGACCCCUUUCAUCAAGCCAGCAGAAGCGGACCUCUUCAGGGACAUCCCCGAAAUCGAUGCACAAGAGGCGGAAGAGAUGCAGGCGGAAGCCCUCAUCCCCACUCGAAAGGAGAAGAUCUUAUCUUUCAUCUUCUAG